CUAAAGCUGCGUAAAAAUGGCGGAGGUCGAUUUUGGCGACAGUGAGCUCUUUCAGCAGCUCGACGAUGCUGCACCCCUGGUCCCAAAACACCUCCACUUCUCAGAUAACGAUGAGGGAGACUCCGAGGAGACAGCCCAGCUCCGCAGCAGGCUGGACGAGUGUCAGGACGACAUGGAGAGACUCUCCGAGGAGAAUAAAAUCUUACGGCGGAAGCUGAGCCUCCUGGCCCGACCCAGCGGCAUCGCCAUCCAGGAUGUCAACACCGACGGACCCCUUCUUCAGGUCCUUUACACAAAUAACAUUAUAUCCAAGCAGUGUCGUCAAGAAAUUGAAGAAUGUAUCUGCAGCGUGAUUUUGAAGCACCAGAAACCAAGCCACGAUGAGCAGAAAUCAUUGCUUCACAUGAAACCUCAGAAUUCGGCUUUUGCUUUGGAAGAGGAUCUCCAGCAGUUGUCCGCUAACAGUGUUAGAACAACAACAGAAGCAUUCAAAGUGGUUGGAAGUGUUUUGUAUUUCACUACUUUCAGUGUUGACAAACUUGGACAGCCUCUGGUGAAUGAAAACCCUCAGCUGACUGACGGAUGGGAGGUUCCAACCUACCACCAAGUUUUCAACCAAGUCAUUGGAACUGAUGGACAGGAAAUAGAAAUGAAAGACAAAAGAUCCAAGUCUAUGUGUUUCAACUGUGGCUGCAGUAGUCACCAGCUGAGAGACUGUCCCAAGCCUAAAGACAUGGCUGCAAUUAAUGAGAGAAGGAGGGAGUUUAAUCAGAACAGCAACCAGCCCAUGCUGAGUAACCAGAGAUACCAUGCUGAUGAAGUGGAGGAGCGAUUCUCUAAAUACAAGCCAGGUGUCAUGAGUGAGGAGCUAUUGGCAGCUUUGGGAGUUGAUGGCAAUUCCCUCCCUCCUCUGAUUUAUCGUAUGAGACAACUAGGGUACCCACCAGGUUGGCUCAAGGAGGCAGAAAUGGAAACCUCUGGGUUAUCAUUGUACGAUGGAAAUGCACCAAAUGAUGGACCUGACUGCAGCAGUCCCCAAAACAUCUCAUAUGAUGUUACCAAACUGGUGGAUUUCCCAGGCUUCAAUGUGCCUGCACCAAGCACAAUGAACGAUGAGUUUAAACAGUUUGGUUCAAUUCCAAUGCACAGCAGCCACAAGAAGCAAAACUAUGCAGCCUACCUGUCCAACAACUUUUCCACGCCUGGUGCCACCUCCAACAAAAGACGAGGAGAAUUUGACUCGUCUCCACAGAUGAGGAAGAAGAAUAAGUCUAGCCCUGAUGGUACCUCAGACAGAAGCUCAGAUAUGGAUGUUGAAUCAGACCCAGGAACACCUUAUGGCCCAGCUGAUUUUCAGUUCCAGCCACCACUUCCCCCUGGUUCUCCUGGCUUCAGUUCACCUCCUCCUUUACCCCAAGGCACUCCCCCUACUACACCCACUCCUCCACCACUACCUAAAGGUACACCUCCUCGCACACCCACCAAUGGCUCUCCAGCUCUCCGAGGACAAAAUUGGACAGUAGUAGAUGAGACUGCGGAGGGAGCAGAGGAUGAGAUGACUCUGGAGGAACUGGAAGAGCAGCAGCGGUUAAUCUGGGCAGCUCUGGAAAAUGCUGACACUGCCACUAGUAGUGACUGUGAGUCAUCUGCAUUGGGAACACCUGCAGCCAGUUCACCAAGUGUGUCCACUCCUGCACAAGUGGACACAGAAGUGGAAGAGGUUGAUGAGGUUUUGGACACAGCCACAUCUUCAGAACCUUGCGAAAGCAGUGACAGUGAAAGAGAUCCAGGGUUUCAGAAGACUGUCACUCCAAGCACUGGACCUAUCAAAGUAGAGGAUGAUGGUACUCGGAGCCCAGAGCCUGUCAAAUCCCAAAAUAACAACCCUCAGAGUCCUGAUCCAAACAAAUUACAAAAUGACAACCCUCAGAGUCCUGAUCCAAACAAAUUACAAAAUGACAACCCUCAGAGUCCUGAUCCAAACAAAUUACAAAAUAACAACCCUCAGAGUCCUGAUCCAAACAAAUUACAAAAUAACAGCCUGCAGAGCCCUGAUUCAGAUUCCUCUCAUAUGGGCGCUGGACAUGGUGCUUCUUCAAACAGCUCGGAGAAGAUUAUGGCUGUUCCUCAUCGGAGCAAGUUUGCAGCUGGCAUAGUCCCAUUUGAAGAUACACCUGAAUUCACAGAAGUAGCUGAAGCCACAGGAACAUACCUUAAGAUAAGAGACUUGCUUAAAAGCUCCCCUCGAAGUAUGGUGAAGAAAGAAUAGAUAUAUAUUGUUUCAGAACACAAUUAUAUGGACUUUUUUUUUUUUGUCAAGAUUUUAUUUUUUUCAAAUCUUUAGGCAAAAUUUUACUUUUUUUCCCCUUUUCUUUUUUUCCUCUUUUCAUCCAUGCUGUAUAAACAAACUAUCGCUAAGAAUACCAUGAGGGAAAAUGUAGUAAUGCUGCAACAAAAUAGUUUUUACCCCUUUCUGUACUUUUGAAGCUGUUGCAUUUUUCUGUUAAUUUUAUUGUAAAAUUUGUGUGACCUGUAUUAAUCGUGUUUAAAUGGCUUUUUUAUCUUUGACUCACUGGAUGACUCUAAAAUGCAUUUAGUAAAUA